AAAAACUAACCACUGUAUAUUUAUGUUAAAUGUAUCAGAAGAUUGUGUUUGGAAACAAGAAAAUUAAGAGAACUGUGUAACAGCAUCACUAUUACAGACACCUCUUGUAUUUAUUUGAACCUAGCGGUCAGCUACUGCUUAAUGCCUCCAUUUCCUGAUGCUGAAGGUCUGAUGUUAUCUUCCAAAUGACUUAAGCAAUCAGCAGUGCAAAUACGUGAGGAGAGCAGAAAAGAUUAGCAAGUUUUGCAGUCUCUGCCAAGUUCCAUAGCUUCAGUGCUACACUGCUUGCAGGCUACCUGUCAACAUCCAGCCAAGAAACUCAAGGCUCUUUACAAGUAUUCCUGAAUUAAGCUGAUGAGGUGCUGACCUCUGGUUGGUGUUUCAGAGACUAUUAACAAUAGCUACCUUCCUUGGACUCUCCAGCAAUGGUUCAUAAACUUCCUGGGAUCUGUAACCCUCUUGUUGAAAAUUACUGGUUUGCAUAAAGAGGCAGAGCUGGUUGCUGCUUCAUUGCUUUUCCUGCCACUAGUGGAUGAUUCUGCUGUUCCUGUGUUUAAGAAAGACCUCUCCCUUAAGUGAGACCAUGAGCAAUGACCACACUUCAGAAAAGCAGGCAUUGUUUUCACUCAAGUUGAUUUUGUUGAACCAAUAUUCAAUUCAACAUGGAAAGAAUUUGAUCAACACACUUGACGAACAGGCAAACAGCCUGGAGGCACAGGAACUUCCUGAGUUGGCCUCACUGCUGGAUCUGCGGAGAUCCUCACGUACUGUGGAAAAAUACAAGAGUGUCAAUAAUGGAUUUGAACAUGAGCUGCCAGCAAGCUGGAUGAAUUGUGUGAUUGUCACAUCCACUGAAUGUUCUGGAGCAUCCCUGACAAGGUCCCAUCCCAAGACUCAGGGGGACGAUGGAUUUGUUGUAGAUGUAUAUCACUGCCCUCUUAUGGACGGACUCAGUGGUAAUCAGGAAAAUACUCCUGAGUCCCCCAGCAAGGCUUCCUUAUGCCAUGCUCAUGAAGUAGCGAUAUUCUGCUAUUGCAUUUCACAGGAGAAGGCACAGAGACAAUCAGUAGGUCUCCCGACAUGGCAAGAAAUUGGAGUCAAGUGUCCCAAACUAGAGGGCACAAAGUGUGAACAUGAAGAAGAGGGAAGGAGGAAAAGAUGGCAGGGCCCUGUCUCCUCAGUUGCACCAGCAACUGGUUUCUGGCAUCGUUCUGUCUUUGGUGGAAGCUGAAGCAUAAUGGUGAAAGAAAAAAUAAUGAUGGAGACUGCAAGACAACCCAGCAUUACCUUUUGGAUGGUUAUGCCAUCCCACUACUGUAUUGCAACACCAGGGUGUUGCAAAGAAUGCCUUAAAAUGUGGGGCUACCCAAACCUAAAAAGGCUUGGGAGUGGCAUAUUACUGUACACAUGGCCUCAUCUUAAAAGAAGAUUAACAUUAACAAACUUAAGAUAGUGGAAAGUUGGGAGGAGUUGGUAUAAAUUUCAUUUCAGCAACGCUAUGGUUCAAAUAAAAAAACCCCAUUAUUGUCAUCAUCCUCUUUGUCAGUUCUACCUGUAACUGUUCCUUUUUAUUUCAGCAGAGGCAAUCACCACAAAAAUCUGGAUGAACAAACUUCUCAUGUAUAUGGCAGGGCAACCUCAGAAAGUGGUGUGCACAGCAGCUGGUAUUGCUGUCUUGGCUGCUCGUCAGGGCCAUGAAGAUCAUGCUCCAGCCUGGCUGCAGGUACCUGUGACUGCAGGGCAGAAGAGGGAGCUGCCAGUAGCUGCCAGUGGCCAGCUCAGGUGUUAGACUUAUGCAAAGUCUAAACUAUGCCACUAAACAAUGCCACUUAUGAAUACAAAAUUCCCCUAUUUCUUUUUUGCUUUAAUGAGAAGAGCUUUGCAGAUGUGGGGUCAGGAACAAAAGUAGCCAGUAUUUCCUCUUUCUACAUGCUAAUCAGCCCUGUUCAUGGGACACUGGCUAAUCCCUUUGGCUUCUGAACUGAGAAAAGAAGAUGCUCCUCUUCCAAGAAACUAAUGAAUCACCCCUUUUAGUACAUGCAUGACUACAUUGUUAAAAGCAGUCUUAAUCACUCACUGAGAAAAACGUUAUGAUCAUUUCUCUCUUUUAGUUGUUAACUGGAAGCCUUGGGAGUUGUGACUCACAGCCUGUGUGCUGUGGCAAGCCCAGAAAGACUUCAAUAGACUUUUAGCUAGUUAUAGGAGCCCCCUGCAUCUUAUUCCUCACAUCUUCCUUGUAUAGGUAUAACUUGGAAAAAUGGUAAAUUUCUUGGUUUUGUACUAUUCUAAAAAUCACUGCUUUUCAGAUGCAUUUGACCAGAACUUUACACCAAAGUUCAAAGAAGAAAAGCAUUUUUGGUAGGCAGCCGACUUCUAGCAGGGAAUAGGGCAAAACAGCUCCUGGGCUGGAGGAAACCCACCCUCCAUUUUUCCUUUACUCUGUAGUGGCAUUGGACAUACCAUGCAUACGGUGGUUUGCCUGGUUUAUGAGCAUAGGACUGUGUGUCAAGAGGGCAAUGAAAUAAGAAAAAAGGAGUGGUAAGAGUAAAUUAGAAGGUUCUUGACAGCUUCCUGGAAAGAGGAUGAAUGGGUCUGAGGUUCAAUAUAGGAUGAGGAUCCCCUUGAAGGCUCUCCAGACACAGUUAAGCAUUUUUUUUUCCUACUGUGAAGCAUCAGCCACAAAAAUACAUCUAGUCUACUCAUUAAAUGUAAAUUGCUAAGGAUGACAGGGAUAAAUAACAACAAAAUCUCCAGGUAAAUGGUAUACUUAGAGAUGCUUCAAAAAGGUACUUGGAAUCAUUGUAUGAUCUGCCCUUUGGGCUGUGCUGGUAGAGGUAGAAGGGUAGAAUGGCUCAGAGAUCCUCUGCUUUAGCAGAGACUGCUGUGACACAUUAUCUCAAUCAGAUGACAAUAGUUUUCUUUCAGCAUCUUUACCUAGGACUGGAUAACUAGCUUUUUGUUUCUCGGGCUGCAAUUGCUGGGAAAAGUAUUGCCAUCAGCUGUAGGUCUUGGAAAUAUCCUUUCAUAUAUGGAAAGGAAGUGGGAUUUAUUUUGAGACAGUCUCACUCCCCUGGCGUGUUGCUUGAUGAAUGUAGUCUCUUGAUGGAGGCAUGCUGCCAUGGAGGCACAGCCUGUGUCAGCUCAACUUUCAAAGAAUGACACAAACCACUGUGGAGGAAGCAGAUGUUCCCAGUGGUAUCACAAAUAAAGAACCGACAAGGACACAUUUGGGAAGAAGGGCAUGCUAAAGACCCUAGCAAAACUGCAUUUGGUGGGUUCAAGGGAGGAUUCAGUGAGACCAGAGGUGAAGAGAGAGCCUUGCUGGGGGAUAGCUCUGGAGAAGAACAGAGAAGCUCCAGAGGCCUCCCUAUCCAUCACAGGCUGUUGGGCGGUUCAGGUUUUGUGUGAUGACCAUACAGAUGCAAAGGAGUGUAACUUGUAGAGCUAAAAUCCCAGCCAUCCUCUGGAUGGGUACUAAAUGGUCCUAAAAGGUCAGUGUGAAAGAGCAAAUAGUAACUGUAUAAAAUUCUAGCCUUUACAUAGUUUUGUCUUGGUAGGAAAUAGCCAGGACCUUGACAGUUGAAAGUGAACAGACCUAUUAAAAUCAUGUAACUGUUUUCAUGAUGCAGAGAUUGCUAUAGUAGCCAGCACUUUUUCUUUGUGCAUGGCAGACAUCAGGAAACCAACAUCUUUAAUGGCAAACAACAAUUUGAAUUUCUGACUGCAACAUCUGUUUAAAAUAUCUUUGAUACUCUUAAAAUAUUUCAGUUUAGUAACCUCAUUCAGCAUCAAUUUCUGCUCAGAUCUCAGAGCACCUUUUAAUAUCUGCUGUUUCUUACAUUCAUAAAAAUAGUACUUAAACAUCAAAUGAUCCUUUAUAAAUGUAAGACUCAUGGGCCACUUCAGUAAAUUGCUUAUUGCAACUAAUUGCCCACCACUUCACAAAACUCCUUUCUGUUUUAGGGCCCUUCCUUGCAAAGCCCCCAUGAGACUGAGAUAGACUCCAUAUCUAAUACCCCAAUAUUUAGAGUACAAGAUUGUGACACUCAGUGUAUUUUUUUCCUUCUAGAUCCCAUGUAUUUAUAAGGCACAGGCCUCCUUUUGAGACCUCAGAGCAAGACCCUUGCAUUGUGCAACUGGAGGAUUCCCUCUGGUUCCCACACUCAGCCAGGUUGAGUGGUUCUACCUAACAGGAACCUCAGUCCUUAAUGGAAAUCAAGUCAGGAUGAUCAAAAAAGCCUUGCCCAGUCAUGAAUCCUGUGUGAUGAUUCUUGUCUUUCCUUACUGUAGACUGGAAUAUUGAUAUCAACACCUCACUGUGGUCAGGUCCCACUGUGUGCAAGGGAGCCAAGGGUCCAGCCUUCAAUAUUUGACACCUAUUGGGAGAUUUCUUUGAAUGUCUUGAACCACUGAAUUCCUGCUCAUUUUUUUUUCAGCCUCAGGCCAGGCAAUAAAAUGGAUUUCCUGUACAAAUUGGCUGUGGACAUCAUAUUGCUGGGCAGCUGAGAAAUGCUGUAGCAGUAGAUGACCCUUGCCUCCUUCUUAAAGACAAAUGACACUUUUACCCUUGCAUUUUUGCAGCUAUACUGCCAGGGUCAGUAAAUACAGUAGACAGGCUUAAAAACUAAGGAUUUUUAUGCAAAUUGUCCAAUUGCCUGCCAAAAAAAAGGGAUUUAUUAUUCACUAUGGGAAAUCUCUAUAUCUGAUCAGAAAUGUGAAUAAAAUACCCUAACUUCAAAGUCUACACUGAAUAAUACACAUUUCCAUUUCUUGCUCAUCCAAAUCACCUGGCAAACUUAUUCAGAGAUUUUGGUGCACUGAACAUGUAUUCUAGCCAAGUACUUUAUUCACCACUGAGAACUUUUUCAGAUUGGAUGAUUUUAAUUGGUUUUGUAAUCUUAAAUCUUAAAAAAAUCUUUAUAUGAUUCUUCUCUUGUGUAUUUGGUUUUAAAACUUUUUGAGGCAGAGAUGACCUAUGCUAUAGCCUUCUACAAUAUGUAAUAUCCCAUUUUGGAGGAGCCAUUUCAGUAUCAUUAUAAUGCCAGACUGGAAGUAAGGAGUGAAUACUUAUUUCUUUGCAGUAAAUGCAUCAUUGGCAUUGCUCUUACCAUUACAGCUAACAAUCAACUAAGAAAAGAGAGGUAUAGAGACCAGGCUGUGGUUACAUGGCUUGGUAAAUCUGGCUUCAGAGUACUUAAGUAGAUCAGAAAAGUUACUAGCUCAAAAUAGCAAAAUUCCAGGUUUUGUGCAAACUUAUUCUACCUAACAAAAUGUGUUAAAAUUGUUUUAAAGCAAUAACUUUCUUCUGGCCAGCUUUAAAUGGAUUUGAUGGGGGAGAUUUUUGCCUGCAAUCAGCUUAUAGCCAACAGAAAGUAUGAAGCUGCUUUAACACAGUAACUCACACUCUUUUUAGCUCAGAAGAUACAGAAAUUCAGUGGUGCGUGUGUGUUUGUUCCAGAUUAAAUUUAUAUUGUUAGUUGACCCAGUAAUGCAUGUAGCUGGCAUUAAUGACAGGGAAGCCUCAGCUGUUGAAGGGUUGAUUCUUGAUAACUAUAUAAAUGUAGCAUUUCAUCAUCCCACAGGAAAUGCAUUUGUUAUUUUCUUUCAUUGAUUCCCAGUGCUUCUUUGCCUUAGGCUUUAGUAUAUACAUUUUAUUUUCCAUUAAAAAAGUAGGUGGGUGUUUUUUGUGGGUUAUUUUUGU